AUUUGUCGUCCAAUCUGCUGUUUGCCUUUAAAGCCCUUGUUGACGGAUCAAACCGGGUGCGUUCAGGUUCAGAGGAAGCAGAACGUCCACUGUUGGUGCAAACAGGGAAGUCGUGGAUUGAUCCGCACAGACGUUCUCAUAACAAGGCUGAAGACAAAGUCACAUAAUCUGACAGUUACCAAAGCUGAGUCUGUCAAGAAGAGGCUGCAAAGCCGGAACGAGUCAUUAGGAUUCAGCUGUGGCUGGUGAUGAGACCGUUCACGUCUGCUCCUCCAACAUGGACACGUUGAAUCAUUUAUCUGUCUCUCAUCGCUUCCUCAUUAAUGAGACUCCACGGAAACAUCAUCGUCUCUGCUGCUAUUUCCAAGCCUCAACCAGCCUGAACCUGGAUGCAGGGUGGAGUCUGACGCUGAAUCCAGUUAAAGCGACUGCACAUUUCCCACCGACCACUAUGUGACUCUGCAAACUAAGCGAUGAUCCCCGGCACAGUCAACGCACAAAGUUAUUCAGAACAACAAAUGAAAGGUGAAAUGUAGCUUAAUGGUGCAUCUGUGAUCGCAAAGAGAGACAAUGGAGGCAGAGCUGCAGAGAGAGCAGGGGAGGGACUGAAAAGGAGGGAGUCGGUGAGAGAGGACGGAGGGAGCGAGCAGCAGCUCAGCUGUUGUUACAACAGUGAGCGAGAGCUGUUGCCACGGGGACUAUUACCACAUCUACCGCCGCGGCAACGGCCAGCUGCACGGAGCUGCACAGAGCCCAUGAGCAAGGCAGCAGCGAGGACCACGAGGAGGAGACGCUGAGGCUCCACAAACGAAGCAGCUGAUUGGUUGAAACGAAGGAGAUGAAGGCCAUGGCGGGUCAACUCCUCCUCUUCCUCUUUCUCUUCCUGACACUCGGCCACGCUCGCUUCCAGUCCAGCCAGCACCUGAAGCCCCGCCUCCAGAGAGACCGGCGCAACAUCCGUCCCAACGUCAUCCUAGUGCUGACGGACGACCAGGACCUGGAGCUGGGUUCCAUGCAGGCGAUGAAUAAGACUCGUCGGAUCAUGGAGGAGGGCGGCACCUCGUUCUCCAACGCCUUCGUGACCACGCCCAUGUGCUGCCCGUCGCGCUCCAGCAUGCUCACUGGGAAGUACGUCCACAACCACAACACCUACACCAACAAUGAGAACUGCUCUUCGUUGUCGUGGCAACGGCAGCACGAGCCGAGGACCUUUGGCGUCUACCUUAACAACACUGGGUACAGGACAGCAUUCUUUGGGAAGUACCUGAAUGAGUACAACGGCACCUACAUCCCGGCCGGAUGGAGGGAGUGGCUCGGCCUGGUGAAGAACAGCCGCUUCUACAACUACACUCUGAGUCGCAACGGAGUCCGAGAGAAGCACGGAGCUCAGUACCCACAGGACUACCUGACCGACCUGAUCACGGCCGAGGCCGUCCGCUAUUUCCGCUCCUCUAAACGGAUUUAUCCUCACCGGCCGGUUCUGAUGGUUCUAAGCCACGCAGCACCUCACGGACCUGAAGACUCGGCACCCCAGUACAGCACCGCCUUUCCCAACGCAUCGCAGCACAUUACUCCCAGUUAUAACUACGCUCCCAACCCAGACAAGCACUGGAUCAUGCGUUACACUGGCGCCAUGAAGCCCAUCCACAUGGAGUUCACCAACAUGCUGCAGAGGAAACGGCUGCAGACCCUGCUGUCGGUGGACGACAGCAUGGAGAAGCUGUACAACAUGCUAGUGGAGACGGGGGAGCUGGAGAACACCUACAUUAUCUACACGUCAGACCACGGCUACCACAUUGGACAGUUCGGCCUCGUUAAAGGGAAGUCCAUGCCGUACGAGUUUGACAUCAGAGUCCCAUUCUACAUCAGAGGACCCAACGUGGAGCAAGGCAGCAUUAACCCUCACAUGGUCCUUAACAUCGACCUGGCACCAACCAUCCUGGACAUCGCUGGCCUCGACACGCCUCCAGACAUGGAUGGGAAGUCCAUCAUGACUCUACUAGAUACUGACAAGCCUGCCAACAGGUUCCAGGUCAACAGGAAGCCCAGGGUGUGGAGAGACUCCUUUCUGGUGGAGAGAGGGAAGCUGCUGCACCAGCGAGUGGACGGGAAGGAAGCGUCGCCGGAGGAGAACUUCCUGCCCAAACACCAGCGAGUGAAGGACCUGUGUCAGAGAGCCGAGUACCAGACGCCCUGUCAGCAGACGGGACAGAAGUGGCAGUGUGUUGAGGAUGCCACAGGAAAGCUACGUCUUUACAAGUGUAAGAACGAUGGAGAAGAGCAGAACCUCCACAGGGAUGUUUCAGACCGGCAGCGUCUAAUCAACAUCAAGUCCCAGCUGCUGUACAGCCGCAUGUCAGGUGCUUGUGACUGUGGCACCCACAGCCUCCAGCCUUUGAAGUUGCGGCCAUUCAACAAGAAGCCUUUCUUCUCCAAGAAGAAGUUCAAAGCCCUGAAGAGUUACUCCAGAAACCGCUUCAGCCGGUCAGUAUCUGUGCUGAACACUUACCCUGGAAACCGCAGCUUGGUGAACGGACCCGGUGAGUUUGAGGACGAGUUCAGUGGCAUGGGAGGUGUUCCCAAUGCCGUGGCCACAACCAACUCCAUCAAAGUCACACACAGAUGUUCCAUUCUUUCUAACACCACAGUGAAGUGUGAUACAGGAGUGUAUCAGUCUCUGCAGGCCUGGAAGGACCACAAGCUACACAUCGACCACGAGAUCGAGACGCUGCAAACCAAGAUAAAGAACCUGAGGGAGGUCAGAGGUCACCUGAAGAAGGCUCGUCCCUUUGAGUGUGACUGCAACAAAUACCUGUACAAGUCCAAACUGAAGAAUAAACUGCGGUUUCGGGGAGACGGUCUGCAUCCCUUCAGACAAAUGUGUGUUUACAGGAAGGGUGGGGCUCGAGACAAGAAGGCGUGGCUCCUAAAGGAACAGAAGAGGAGGAAGAAGAUGAGGAAGCUCAUCAAGAGGAUCAAGAACAACGACACGUGUUCGAUGCCAGGACUCACCUGCUUCACACAUGACAACCAACACUGGCACACGGCUCCCUACUGGACACUGGGUUCGUUCUGUGCCUGCACCAGUGCCAAUAACAACACUUACUGGUGCAUGAGGACCAUCAACGAGACCCACAACUUCCUGUUCUGUGAGUUUGCUACUGGCUUCUUGGAGUACUUUGACCUCAGCACGGAUCCAUACCAGCUGAUCAACGCUGUGAGCUCUUUGGAUCGGGUGGUUCUCAACCAGCUUCAUGUUCAGCUGAUGGAGCUCAGAGGCUGCAAAGGACACAGGCAGUGCAACCCCCGCACGCGCUCAGUGGAGCUGGCAGGAGGACGGGAGCACAGCAGCUUCGAUGACUACAGGGUGUUUGAGAGGAGGAAGUGGCCGAAAGUCAGGAAGCCUGCAUCGUCUCGAACCCUAGGCCCGAUCUGGGAUGGCUGGAAGGGUUAGGCAUCCUGGGUUGACCCCACCCACAGCAGCCUGACGGAGCAGGGCGUCGUCGAGCGAUCCGCCCGGUCGACGACCACGCCCCCAACGCUAGCCCCUCUCAUCCUGCUGCUCAGGGAGAUGCUGGGACGAAACACAAGACACAUGUUCAUCAGCUGUUCCUCUUCUCCUCACAUUCCCAGAGGAGAGGAAGGUAGGAGGAGGGUGAUGGUGAAGAAGAGGAGGAGGAGCCAACAGACACACCGUUACUGCCCUGAGUGUGACCUUACAGGCUCCUAUUAGGUCACAUGUGUCUGGAAUCUCCCUGAAAACCACAGAAAAGCUUGUAGUUCUAUGUUCUCUGUUCCCAGUAAGAGUCUGACAGCAGAAUAAAUUCUACUGGAUAGAGAUAGACUGUAUGUUCCUGCUCUGGAUCGCCAACUGCCUCCUCCUCCUCCUCCUCCUCCUCCCAGCAGCCAUAUUUGUUUCACAUGUUCAUCGUUAGUCUCUAACUAUCUGUAGACAUUAAAGGAGCCGUUCUCCUUGUUCUUUGCUGUUACUUAACUCCGACUGAGACAGACACAGACAAACGCUGUGGCAUCACAGCUGAUGUCAACUUGAUGAUUUUCUUUUAAUUCCACUAACUUGAUUGUUGGUUGCCACAGUGACAGGCAUCUUUACCACAGACAGAGCUACAGUUGUACUAACCUGGUGACUGACUACAGUACCCACAACGCAACACAGUGGCCUGGAGGAGAACGUCAGUGAACAAAACAGUGGUCAAACACAAGAACUGUGCAAAUAUAAAUACUUAAACGUCCAAUGAGCCAAGACAAUGAUCUCAUCCAAUCCUGAGCUGGUUCUGUGACCCAAACUUAUCACCCAGAAAACUAUCUGCAGAGUUCUAGUUUUAUAUGUCCUGUGUUUAAUAAAACCACAUGGACCAUAGUCAAUCAUCCUGUCUCCUGCAGGUACAUUCACCAAUUAAACCAAACAGUCAGAAAUGAUACUUCCGGUCCCUUUUUAGCCCUAGCUCAUUUUCCCUGUUUCUAAAUUAGAACAUGCAUCUUAAAAAAUAUAUAACUUCAUGUAAAACCCAAAUAAAAAAACUAGACUUGCACAAACGCGAGAAAAAAUGUAUGGUUUACAGUGAGGCACGUGUUUGUUGAGGAUCUUCCUGUUCUGAUGCUGUACUGUGGAUUAGAAUCAGGUCCUUAAAAAUGAUCAAAAAUAGUUCAACAUCACUUUUAUCAGUGUUAACAUGGUCCCCGGAUACUCUCACACUGUUUGAGAUUUCUUGCGUCUCCCUUCCUUUCAGCACAGAAGGUCCGCCCCCCUUGUUUAUGAUGUUUGGUGUUAGAGCAAACAAACGUGUGUUUCUUCGUUGUCGUGGACUUUCUCUCUAGUUAAACCCCGAAAAGCUGUCAUGAUUUUGUAGAGAUGUCAGUGAUGAUAAGUACUAAUUAAUUGGAAUCAUUUACCAGUUGUACUGUUAAACUACUUAAAUAAUUCUGCACAAGUGCAGUGGGCAGUGGAACCCUCAGCUUCCUAAUGUUCUGUAGGACCUUUGGUCCCAUCCCUUCCAUUGUGGCCACAGGCCUGGAUCGCGUUUGGUGGUUUGUUACAUUUUGUGUAAAUGAGAAACAUUUUGUCAGUUGUUAUCUCUGCGCUGCUCAUGUUUGCUCCAGUUUCAAUGUCGAGUUUCACACUCACCAGCUACAAGGGAACAAUCCAUCAGGUUUGUGUCUGUUUGUCUGUCUGUCUGUCUUUCUAUCCAUUCAUCCAUCCAUCCAUCCCUACCUACCUACCUACCUACCUACCUACCUAUAAAUGAUCAGUCUACAGGCAGACGAAGCACUCUGCAGGUUCCAUGAUCAACAUUUGUGUUUUCCAACAGUGUGUGUUUGAAGUGCUUUCUCUGCCGUCUUUAGAGUUUUAAUCCCUUGUAUUUGCUCUGUGGUGCUAUUUGCUGUCUAACCACUAUGUAGGAAAAACCUGCUCGUGUUGGAAUGUAUUUGGUGUGUUUUCUAAUGGGAAACCAGAAUCUGACCAUUGUGGUCCAGCUGAGACACACACACACACUGAAGGACAAACUGCUGAACAGAGUGAAUGAAAGAAUGUGACAUAACGCUGCCAUGUGAUGCUGAUCUAACACGUGUACAGUCGCUCACUGACCCGUGGAAACAGUGAUUGGUCUAAGUUUGUGAAUAAAGUGUCGAAUGCCCAAAUGUA